CAGUGUGCAUUAUUCCCACAGCCAUCUCCGAGAGGCAGAGGGAGAGACGGGCUGUGAAUGGGAGUCAUAAUACGGACGGGAAACGCAGUUUCAAGAUGAUUUUAAAAUGACAUCCAGCGAUUCAAAAUGCUUAUGUUAUCGUUAAUUAGCUCCGUGUUGUUUCCUACUUAUAUGUGAGGCUAGGAGCUUCGUGCAGACAGCUAGCUAGCACCUUCAGCUGUCACAGAGCCACCUUAGACAUAUCAAGCUUAAAUAUAUAUAUACUCUCAUUAAAGUCACAACAUGCACCAUUAGUUUGCUAGUUAACCGCUUAAAUAAAGUCGUGACAGUAGCACCGGGUCCGUUGGCGUAGUUAGCAUUGUUGUUAGCAUGGUGGCUAAUAACCACCCUGCUCCGUUGUGACAUAUAGUUUCUGCUGUGAAAUGAAAGAGGCUGGGUUUUGUUUUUACGGAAACACAGCGUUACUAUACUUAUGAUAGUGUUUUAUUACAGGGAGACCAAUGUGGCAAGUCAUAGUUGUGCUAACAUCUUAGCUUGCUAGCCCCCCCUAAAUGCUAUAUUCAAAAUAACAAGCGCCAAACUAUAAUGACUGCAGUGCACAUGUGUUUAUUAAUAAUCAUAUUAAAGCCAUCAGAAAAUGAAAUCAGCAGUGGUAUAAUAUACAGUGCAUAAACAAUACUUAUUUUACAUUACAUAUUAAAUCCAUCUUAGAGGACUCAUUUAUAAUAAGUCUUUAGGUACUUUACAAAUGUAGACAAACGUAUUAAUAGAUAGAAAUAUGAAAUGUUUGACUAUAACAGCAACUGUUUUGAUCAUGUUUUUGUCAUGUUUUAUACAAAUAUGUUUUGUUGAUUGAAUGUAUUACAUGUAAAGGUUUGCUGAUUUAACUUUUGAUAAUUUCAUAAAAAAUAUAAUAAUGAUCAUGUGGUUGUUCCAAACAACAACUUUGGGAAGGUGUCAUUACAAACUAAACAAUAAAUUGAUUAUUAAAGAUAAUAAUCACCAGAACAAUCCAUAAUGACAAUCAUCAUAAGUUAAUAGUAAAAGAUCUAUUGAUCUAUUUUCAAGUUCCAGUUGAUUAAUGAGUUAACAAACAAACAAAAAUAAAUGAAAGUGAAUGAACAACUAAAGAGUCAGGAAGCUUAGAGGAGGAAACAAAAAACAAACCCCCUUUUAUGAGAUAUUCGGCCUAGUCAGUAAAAAUAGGAAGGCAUAUCAUUACAUAACCUUACAGAAGACAUUAAGGGAUGCAUAAAAAGCAAAACCAAUGAAUCAAGUAUGUAUGUAUUGACUUGGUCUAAUGCUUUUCAAAUCAAGGUUCAAGAUGAUUUGCUAAGGGAAAGAGGAGUGCGGCCGUCUUAAACCAGAAGGUUGUUGGUUUGAUCCCAGCCCAUGCUGUCAACAUGGGCCAGAUCCUUAACCCUGAGUUGCUCAGUACAAUGUGUUUGCAUGUUAGCUUCCCUAGAGCAUGUGGCACUGCUCUGUAUGACUGAAGUGUGAAAGGGUGAAUGAUGACAUCUAUGUAAAGUGCUUUGAGGGGUCGUGAAGACUGGAUAAAGCGCUAUAUAAGUACAGUCCAUUUACAAUUACUAUUGUUAAAAUGUACUGGUAGUUAAGAUUUGGCAUUAUAUAUUGCAUAUUCGAAUAAUGCUCCAGUACUGAAAAUGGUUUGGCUUAUUUGAAGCUAACAUAAUUGCAGGAUUCUUACUGUACAGAAUUGAUAUUCUCAUAGUUGAUUAUAUGCUUGAUAAAAUGAAAUGUUCUUAAAUGAAUGUGCAUCAACACACCAUCGGAUGUCACAUCUUUAUCUUUAGUGCUUGUGUCAUUAUGCCUCCGUGCUAACUGGACCUGAGGACUUUCAGUUUAAGUUUAAAAUGUGUCCCAUGCUUGUGUCUCCACUCCAGCAGCUGAAGCAUGCUCUUAGCCCAGAUAAACCGGGACUCGCAGGGAAUGGCAGAGUUUCACGAUGCAGACGGGCAGCCGGUCACCCUCUGUCUGACGGAGGCCGUGACUGUUGGAGAUGGCGAUCAGAUAGAGAGCAUGGACACGGUGAGUCUGCAGGCUGUCACUCUGGCAGAUGGAUCCACUGCAUACAUCCAGCACGACUCCAAGUCUUCGUUUUCGGACGGACAGAUCAUGGACGGCCAGGUGAUCCAGCUGGAAGAUGGAUCUGCAGCCUACGUUCAGCACGUGUCGAUGCCUAAAGGAGGAGGGGAUAGUUUACAGCUUGAAGACGGACAAGCAGUUCAGCUAGAAGACGGAACAACAGCCUACAUUCACACACCCAAAGAUGCAUACGAGCAGAGCGGCCUGCAGGAGGUGCAGCUGGAGGACGGCAGCACCGCCUACAUCCAGCACACCAUGCACAUGCCGCAGUCCAACACCAUCCUGGCCAUCCAGGCCGACGGCACCAUCGCUGACCUGCAGGGGGAGGCAACCGCCAUCGACCCCGAUACCAUCAGCGUGCUGGAGCAGUACACCAAGGUGGAGAAUAUAGAAAACCCCCUGGGGUCAUACGGCAGAGUGGAAGCAGACAAUGGCGUCCACAUGCGGAUUGUAAUACAGGGUCAAGAAAACAGGUCAGCCAGAGCCACAAACGUAGGAGAGAAAUCUUUCCGCUGCGAGUACGACGGCUGUGGGAAGCUCUACACCACCGCCCACCAUCUCAAGGUACAUGAACGGUCGCACACUGGAGACAAACCGUACAUCUGUGACUAUCCUGGCUGCGGGAAGAAGUUUGCAACAGGGUAUGGACUGAAGAGUCACUCACGCACACACACGGGGGAGAAGCCAUACAGAUGUCAAGAGCUGAACUGCUGCAAGUCCUUCAAAACCUCUGGAGACCUUCAGAAACACACACGGACUCACACAGGAGAGAAGCCUUUCAAAUGUCCGGUGGACGGCUGCGGCCGCUCGUUUACAACUUCCAACAUCCGCAAAGUUCACAUCCGAACACACACCGGGGAGCGGCCGUACUACUGCUCCGAGCCCACCUGUGGACGCUCGUUCGCCAGCGCCACCAACUACAAAAACCACAUGAGGAUACACACUGGAGAGAAACCUUACGUCUGCACAGUGCCUGGCUGUGAAAAGCGCUUCACAGAAUACUCCAGCCUUUACAAACACCAUGUGGUCCACACACCCUGCAAACCUUACAACUGCAACCACUGUGGGAAAACCUACAAGCAGAUCUCCACCCUCGCCAUGCACAAACGCACCGCACACAACGACACGGAGCCCAUCGAGGAGGAGCAGGAGGCCUACUUUGAACCCCCGACAGAUGCCAUCGAUGACCCAAACGUCAGCUACACGACGACGAUUGUCGGUGCAGACGACUCCGGCUCGGAACAGCUCCCGAUGGAAAGCUCGGAGAUGAUUGGUCACCAACACGUUGCCUUGGUCACGCAGGAGGACGGAACACAGCAGCAGGUGAGUAUCUCUGAAGCAGACCUACAAGCUAUGGGUGGAACGAUCACCAUGGUAACCCAAGAAGGCACCACCAUUACGAUCCCGGCACACGAGCUGGCGACGCAAGGUGCUCACGCGGUGACCAUGGUAACGACGGACGGCUCAGAUGAACAGGUGGCCAUCAUGACUCCGGACAUGGCGGCGUUCCAGACGGUGGAGGAGUCGGGAUACAGCCAGGAGCAUGAUGACAUUCAUCCCGUCACGUUACUAGCCACAUCUAACGGCACUCACAUCGCUGUGCAGGUUGGUAGACCCACUCCGUAGGAGGGAAUGAAUGGUGGGCUCAGUGAUCAGCCCUCACUGGAGGAAGCCAUCAGGAUAGCAUCGAGAAUACAGCAAGGAGAGUCUCCGGGCCUGGACGAUUGAUGCGCUCAUUAUGGACUAUGAUAUAGCAUCAACAAAAACGUCUAAAAUGGACAAUAUAUCGACGAGAGAAAUCACGUGUCUUCCUCCCAUGUUUUUCUUUUUUGUCUUUCCACAAGAGGACUUAGCUUUUAUGUGUACAUAGGAUUUUGAUAACUGGAGCUCUGCUAUAUGCUAUUUUGUCCCUCGACCAAAAAAAAAGUCAGAGGGGAAAAUGCUUUCUAAUGUUUAUGGUGCGACGUGUACAGCUAAUGCUAUUUCUAAUUAAAAAGAAAUUGUGUGAUUAUA